AUGGCUUUCGCAAAGGAAUUGUGGGAGACGCUGCGCGCUGCUGUGUGGGGAGCGUUCUUCCCCUUCCUCUUGUUCGCACAGGUCGUAGUGCCUGUGUACCUUAUCGACGUCAGGCUGACGAUGUUCGUGCUGGCGGCCAGGGACGAUGAGGGCUGGGCUAUGUAUAACAUGCCCAAGGACUCGGGCACAGCUCUGGGUGCCGCUAUCGCCGUCGCCGUCCUCUCCAAGGUUUUUCUUUUGCUGUGGGUGAUUCCGCUUGGGUACUGCCUUUGGAGCUAUUACUGGGUAGCUCGCCGGUGGAAACCGGUUUCGGCACCAAAGACACCUACCAAGCAGGUCAAAGCCCAUAGUCAAGAACGGCGGUAUUGCGACCGCUGUAAGAUUUUCCGUGGUGACCGGACCUACCAUUGUCGAGACAACGAAAAAUGUCUCCCAUACUACGAUCACACCUGCUUCUGGUGGACAGGUGGUGUAUGGCUACACAACGUCCAGGCCUAUGUGGUCUUCCUCUUUUUCCUCCCGGUAUAUCACCUUUACAUCUUUGGCAUCAGCCUGUGGGUUCUUAUCAGCCCAAAAAAGUACCUUCAAGCCAAUGUGUACAUCGCUCUUGGGGUACCUUCUAUCCUCGCACUGCUCAUCUCUGGUGGAGUUGCCUUCGUAUACAUACGGCACCUCGUGUUCUGGAACAUUCUGGAUAACGAGGUUGAUCAUGGGGUUUGGUACCUCAACGAUGACGGUGAAGCCCAAUUCUGGGAUCCAAAGAAGGAACACUCUUCGACAAAUCCUUGGAGCAAAGGCUGGCGUGCAAAUCUUCGAGCCUUCUUCAGCAAUGAGCUCCGGGACACCAUAGAGUGUUACCACCAAGAAGAAAUGCCUAUCCUGCUUCGCCCUCUCGAAGUGACCUCUCGAAGGGCGAAUGCUUCAAGCACUGGAUUCGAGUCAGACAUCGAGCUUGGCACCCUCGUUCGUCGAUCCCAAUCCACAGCUUAA